GUGAUGACGUCCAUGACACUGUUUGCUGUCAUUCUGACAGUGGGGCUCUCACUGAUAUUUAUCUGGGUGUGCAGGGGAGACAAGAGAUAUGGGCCUUCCCCGCGACCAAACAGCCCACAAACAAACCAGAGCAAUCACACAGAGAUCCCAAUGAGUGACUAUGAGGAGUUUAAGCUGACCUCCUGUGACCCUCCUCCCUACGAGACGCCAGAUCUCACCCUUGUCUCCCCCGACAACGGCGACUCGAUCGCUCCAUUACCCAUGAGCCUCUCGGAUGACUACACAUACAUCACUGCUGUGCCGACUUCCUCUGAGGAGGAGCCCAUAUACACCUCAGCUGAUCCACCACCAAGCCCAGGCCACGACUCUGUCUGCGACGCAGACGCGGUUUACUCUAAAGCCGACAAACCUUCGGACUCUGUGUCCACAUCGUCCUCUCUCCACCCGUUGAAUCCGUUGGGCUCCCCUGAGGAUUGCGUUUACUCAACUGCCGAAUUACCCACAAUCCUCUCGGGCGACGAAAACGGGUGUUCCGUUACUGCGGUGCCCCAUGACCUUCAGGAUGACACCUACCACCUUGCUGACAUACCUAAGAGUCCCUCUGGCGAGACCGCUCAACACCAGCCCCAAACAGGUGUGCCAAAUUUGGUCUCUGGGGAUAACGCUUAUUCACUGGCGGAAUUACCCAGAGACCUUUGCGAUGACUCCACGUACUCGCUUGCACACUUACCCAGAAGCAGCUCUGCCGAGAUUAUACACUCAAACUCUACCGAUGAGCCGGUAUACUCAAACAGCGACGACUCAGCCACAGACCCACAAGAUGACUCCACAUAUUCCACCACAGAGUCCCCCAUAAUCUCCCACAGCCCAAUAUAUUCGGUCUUGGAAUCACCCACAAUCCCGUUAAGUGACCCUCCCAGUUCUAACCCUGACGCAUCUCUAAACUCUCAAGAUCUACCAUACCCGGCCGCAGAAUUACCCACAAACCCGUCUGAUGAUCCCGUUUACGCUGAAACCUCGGACACCGCUCUUGACCCCAACUGCAGGGCAGAGCACUUACCCAUAAAUCCUCUCUGAUGACCCCAUCUGCAUAGGUGCUCAGUAGACAACUCUGAGGAUUCCACUCCACAUCCCUCCACAUCACCUCUCAUAUAGGUCCUAAUUGACCCUUCCAAAACUGCCACAGGUCAAUUGUGGCUUACCAACCCGUAUCUAGGCAA